UUCAAGUUAAUGAGAAUGUCAAAUGCAUAAUUCCUGAACGUAUAAUUAGUAUAGAACCCACAAAUAAAAAGUUUUGUAACCUUUUUAAUGUAAUUACGUUAGAACAAUAUGAUAAUCAAAAA